AUGAGCAUUUCAAAUGAAGUUACGAUAAUUUUCCAAGCUAAACAACCAACACACGCAUCUGCUGUAGUUGUUCAGUCAAUUGAAGUUAACAUCAAUAGACAGAUGUUGGAAUUGAAAAGCUUUUUAACAACUCAAAGACUCGACGUCACCCAUGAAAGGAAAAUCAGAAAAUUUAAUGAAAGAAAAACUAAGCGCAUAGUUUACAAAAAUUAA